AUAUAUUAAAUCUGGAUGAAACGAAUAAAUCGGAUAUAUUAAAUCUGGAUGAAACGAAUAAAUCGGAUAUAUUAAAUCUGGAUGAAACGAAUAAACCGGAUUUAUUAAAUCUGAAUGAAACAAAUAAACUGGAUUUAUUAAAUUCGGAUGAAAUGAAUAAACUGGAUUUAUUAAAUUUGGAUGAAAUGAAGGAAUCGUAUUCGGAUGAAAAUAAAUUCAAAUUGAAGGAAUCCGGAUUUAAAAUCGAAGGUUAA